AGAUAUUUUGGGUUUUCUGUAAAAAAUGGUACUGGCAAGAUUCAAAGCGCAAUGGAUUCCGAGAGAUCCGAUACAAGAGAAUCCGGGCACGGGUCCGGAUUCCGGGUCAGGCAACGAGUCCACUACGCCGGAGACUCCCGCCGGAUCGGCAGCGUGAAAUACGUCGGACCGGUGGAGGGAUACUCCGGCACGUGGAUCGGAGUUGACUGGGACAACGGGGACGGGAAGCAUGAUGGCUGCCACAACGGUGUCCGAUACUUCGAAGCUGCCGGCAAUACAACGGCGUCGUUUGUGCGACCGCACAAUCUCAGCGUCGGCAUUCCGCUCUUGCAGGCGCUCGAGCUCCGGUACCGUACGGCUUCCAGUAAAGAAGAAGAGGAUGAGAUGUAUGUUUUCUCUGCAAGCAACAAACGAGUAACUGUUGAGCUUCUGGGUAAAGAAAAGAUUCAGAAUAAGCUGAGUCAUUUUGAGGAGUUGACAAGUGCAUCAUUGUCUUAUUUAGGAGUCAGCUCUGCCGGAGAUCCAUGCCACAUUAGUACAACUAUACCAAAUUUAAAGGAGCUUGAUUUGACUGGGAACCUGCUAUCUGAGUGGGAGGAGGUUGGUAUAAUCUGUAAAGAGUUGCCAGGUCUUGCAGCUCUGAACCUAUCACACAAUAUUAUGGCACAUGAUAUAAGUGGAAUGCCCUUGCUAAAUAAUAUACGGAUUUUAGUUUUGAACCAUACAGGAAUCAGCUGGAAGCAUGUUGAAAUACUUAAAGAUUCCUUCCCAUUCAUUGAAGAGCUACAUCUGGUGGGGAAUAAACUGAAAGAAAUAACGCCUUCAUCUUCAACCUUUGUCAAAGGGUUUGAUUCUCUGCAUCUCCUUAAUCUGGAUGAUAACUGUAUAGAUUCUUGGGAAGAAAUCUUGAAGCUUUCGCAACUGAGAAGCUUGGAACAGCUUUUUUUGAACCACAAUAAUUUAAGCUGCAUCUGGUACCCUGAUCAUGGUACAUUACAUGAAACGGUUGCCAAUGGUGAUGAAUGUCUUGGGAAAGGCUCUAAGCCUUUCAAGAAUUUGCAUUCCCUCCUUCUUGGUAACAACAUCAUUAAAGAUGUGGAAUCUGUUGAUUCGCUGAAUUAUUUUCCUAAUUUGUUGGAAGUAAGACUUUCUGAGAAUCCAGUGACAGAUCCAGUAAAAAGUGGCCUAUCUCGAUUUGUUUUGGUGGCACGCCUAGCAGGAGUAAAAAUAUUAAAUGGAAGUGAGAUUAGUCCUAGAGAGCGGAAGGAAUCUGAAAUUCGGUAUGUCCGAUUAGUCAUGUCUAAAUGUCAUGAAUAUCCACAAGAAAUCGACCGACUUCACCCGAGAUUUGCUGAGCUAAAAAGACACCAUGGAAUUGAUGAUGAAAAACCAGAGAGUGGAACAACCGGACCCCAGAAAAUGGCUGCAGGACUUAUAUCAAUUACCAUGAAGUGUAUUGGAGCAUCAAUCGGUGAAAAGCCUCCAUUGACCAAAAAGUUGCCUGUGACAAUCACGGUUGGCAAGCUGAAGAACCUUUGCGAGAGUUUCUUCAACAUAAGAUCUAUCAAGCCUAAAUUAUUUCUUCAGGAAGCGGGCGCCCCAUUUCCAACGCUGCUCGAGGAUGAUAUGGCAACUUUGCUGGAUGCUGGAGUGGGUAAUGAGUCAACCAUUCUUGUGGAUGAAGAGUAAUAUAAUGCUGUCCUCACAACCAGAAAAAUCUUAAUUUUUUUUUCCUAUCGGAUAACAUUAUGAUGUGGAACUGGAUUUGUGUUUGGAAAAUGCAGUUUUGUCGUUCAAGAAUUUGACCUCAUGCAUCAUACAAGUAUGUGGUUGUUGUUUGAUGAACUUAUGCAAUUUUAUUACACAAAUUAUAUCA